AUGAUAAAUAGCUCUGACAAAAUAAAAAAACAAUAAAUAGUCCCUGAUAGAUAAAUUGAAAUUAGCAACGAAAUACAUCUUGAAUUAUUAGAUCAAUGCCAUAAAUCUACAUUGUUUUAGACAGUAGUUAAAAACAGAUAUUUUAUAAAUGAUGCAUGUGAUUGGGCUAAUCACUUUACUGAUGAAAGCUCAUCAAAAUAAUUUAUAAACUACUUCAAGCAUCGCGAAAGUCAGGGAAAAUAAUUUUGUUAUGCUAUCAUAUAGGAAAAUAAACUUAUAGGCUGUGUCUCUAUCAUUUUAACCAAAGGGCAAGGAGAAAUUGGAUAUUGGCUAGAUAAAGAUAUGAAUGGUAGAGGUUAUGUGACUUAAAGUGCAAAUGCUCUAAUUAAUUUGGGCUUCGCUAAAUACAAUUGUAAAGAAAUUAUAUUAAAAUGUCAGCAAGUGAAUCUUAAAAGCUCUAACGUUGCUUUAAGGCUAGGCUUUAAAUUUAAUAAAACUUUUGAAGAAACUCUUAACGUAAAUGGAAAAGAUUGGGUUAUAGAUGAGUACAUAUUAACCGAAGAUUAAUUUAUUAAUUAAAAUUAACAUAAAUAAUAAAGCAAAUCAACAUCUGAGUGA